AUGCUGAGAAUCUUCAACGCCGGCUUCCGGGCCGCUGGUAUCGUCUUCGUGAGAGAAAGCUACGCCCCCGUGUUGCUGGCUCGCAAACAAGAUACAGCCGCCAUGGAAGCUUCUUUGAAAAGACCAGCUCGAGAUGACUGCCAACUUGCACCGGCCGCUGCAACUCCUUUGGCAACGGCCGAUUAUCCAAAUCAUCGCCCUGGUCAUGGUCUUGAACUAUGGCACCUACUGUCUUCUUCUUUCCGCUUUAGCACUUUCUACUGCAUCGCCAUCUCUGCGUCAUCGUAUCUCCCUUGGGGAUUUUUGGGUACGGGUGGGCGGCUGAGACUGGCGCGCUGGGUCUUAGUGGACGUUGGCAUGGCCGUCUUUGUGUGCGGCAGUUUUUUGUUGGCCCAAGCCAUGCUCUCCUACCUGCUUGACGACCCCGCGCACGCCGCGUCAGCAAACAUGUCAAUUCGUAUGCUCUCCAACGUAUCGGGCUUCGUCUUCCCAAUUUAUGCCCUGCAGCUGUUCGAUUGGGGCAACAGCGUGCUUGCUGUCAUCUUCAUCGGCCUCGGAUGCCUGGUACUGCUGUUGUUGUGGAGAUGGGAGGCCAAGUUGAGAGCGCUAGGCCGGGAGUAA